GAGGAGGAGGAUGGAAGGAAGGAAGGGAGGAAGGCUCAGUGGAUACCAAUCUACCUUUAGGACCCGGUGUCUCUCCUCCUCAGCCUUUUGUAGUGUUUUUUGUGUGUGUGUGUGUGUGGAGAUUGAGGGAGACCGAGAUGUGCUCCUCGCUUAUCACGAUUCCCAUCGAGCCCCUUCUGCGCUGAGCCGAGGAGGGCAAUUUGAAGCCAGGCUCCUUCUCCCGCAAUUGCAUGUUUUCGUUUUGUUUUGUAAACAUGUUCAUUUCAUUUUAAUUUACUUUCCCCCAGCUGAUAUUUCCCAUCGUCGUGAGCAUUUCUGUCGAUGUCCCUUUCGUGUUGCAUUCUAAGGACUCCGAUGCGUUCCGGGCGCAUUCCUGCCGCCGGACCGGGACUAUGAUUGAUCGGCGCUCGCAGCAGCUUUGUUCUCGUGACGAGCCGCGCGCUCACUCGCUCUCAGCGCGGCGCCAGCGAGCGGCCGAUUCCCCUUAACUUUCUUGCGCCUUCGACGAUUCCAGCUGCGGCGGGUUACUCUCUGCACCGGAGGUGCUCGAGCAGCCAUGUGGAGCAGAGGGAGCGCCGCGCCACUCCUCGCCUGCCUGCUGGCGCUCGCCGCUCUGUGGGAACCCAGAUCAGCGAACGCCGAUGCCACAUCUGAUGCCUUCAAAACCAACAUCACCCUGUUCACACGGAUCCUGGACAGCCUGCUGGAUGGAUAUGACAACCGUCUACGGCCCGGCCUUGGGGACAGGGUAACUGAGGUGAAGACAAACAUCUACGUCACCAGCUUCGGACCAGUUUCAGACACAGACAUGGAGUACACCAUAGACGUUUUUUUCCGGCAAAGCUGGAAGGACGAGAGGUUGAAGUUUCACGGGCCGAUGAAUAUUUUGCCGCUCAACAACCUCAUGGCGAGUAAGAUCUGGACUCCAGACACCUUCUUCCACAAUGGGAAAAAGUCUGUGGCCCACAACAUGACCAUGCCUAACAAACUGUUGAGGAUCAAGGAUGAUGGAACACUGCUGUACACCAUGAGGUUAACUGUGCAUGCCGAGUGCCCAAUGCAUCUGGAGGAUUUCCCCAUGGACUUUCAUUCCUGUCCACUAAAAUUUGGCAGCUAUGCCUACACAAUCUCAGAAGUGACCUAUGCCUGGACUCUAAAUGCCUCAGACUCUGUGGUGGUGGAAGGACAAAGCUCCCGUCUGAACCAGUAUGACCUGCUUGGACAAACGGUCGGACAAGAGACCAUCAAGUCAAGUACAGGUGAAUACACAGUGAUGACGGCUCAUUUCCAUCUGAAGAGGAAGAUUGGCUACUUUGUCAUCCAGACUUACCUCCCGUGCAUCAUGACCGUCAUUCUUUCCCAAGUGUCUUUCUGGUUGAAUAGAGAGUCGGUGCCAGCUAGGACUGUGUUUGGUGUAACCACUGUUCUCACGAUGACAACACUGAGCAUUAGUGCAAGGAACUCCCUCCCCAAGGUUGCCUACGCCACUGCCAUGGACUGGUUCAUUGCCGUGUGCUACGCCUUCGUCUUCUCCGCUUUGAUUGAGUUUGCCACUGUCAAUUACUUCACAAAGCGCGGCUGGGCCUGGGACGGAAAGAGCGUUAUGAAUGACAAGAAAAAAGAGAGGGCAUCCGUCAUGAAGAAGAAUAAUGCCUACGCUGUAGCAGUCGCCAACUAUGCGCCUAACAUUACCAAGGACUCGGGCACACUUCCAACCAUCGCCAAAGGUGGCGCUGCGGACACCAACAAGGCCAAAGCGGAUGGCAAAGUGCAAGACGCCAAGAAGACAUUCAACAGCGUGAGCAAAAUUGACAGGAUGUCAAGGAUUUUGUUUCCGGUUCUCUUUAGCAGCUUCAAUCUCGUCUAUUGGGCCACCUACUUAAACCGAGAACCCAUUAUAAAGGACAUGGUCCCCUCCAACUGAAGACCACUUUUAACAGCUUCUGGUCUGGGGACCUAGAGACGAACCAAAUACCUCCAGCAACUGUGUACACAUCCCUUUGCAGAAUGAAAUCCCGGACUGCGGUGUGAUCCUCUAUCUCUGCCUGUUUUCUACACCGUCUGCAGCACUUUUAAUAAGCCUAGCUUUUGUAAAUGUGUAUGUACAUUUAUAUUCAUGGUUUCAUGGUGACAUAUCGUGUGAUUACUUUGAGUAGAGUGCGUAUUUCCUUGAAAGUAUGUUUCCAGUUACAGUAUGUGGCCACUGUACAUACAAAUGAAAAAGAAGAGUAGUUGCAUUAACAUGAGCACAGACAUUUUAUUUCAGAUUUCUUCUAAAUGUGUUGAGUUUUGCUAGUAAUGUCCACUCUAUUGAUAUUACAGAAUAUUUUUUUUCUUUUGAGUGAAAGGGACUGCUUAUUUCAUAUUUCUUUGUCUUUGCCAUCUAAGAGUGUUUUUUCUUUCCAAGCCAAUGCAAAAACACACUUGUAUAAUAGUGUAAGAGUGUAAAAGUUGUUUUAUUAUCUGACUACAGGUAUGGGACUGGAAUCAUACACUGACCUCCAGAAUUAUUAAAAUACUUCAAGCCAAAGGGCUGUUGGGGGCGGGGAAACCCCAGAGGAAAUUACAAAAUGAGUGUGCUUGUGAGACAGUGUAAUGCUUCUUGCAUCACAACUGUGAUAUAAUUUGUAAUAAUGCAGAAUAUCUAUUUGAAAAACUAAAGAAGACUGUUUUGUUCAUACAAAAUUUACAGGGGUUUACAAUACAACAAGAUUUUAGCUUUAAAUUAAGUUGGUGAGAGUUUUGAAGCAUACACAUACAUACAGUGAAUGAGUCCCGAAACAAUGAGCAACAGGGGGCUAAUUAGCAACAGAGCUGCAGAAUCUGGGUAUAAUUUUCUGUAGACGUGUCAUCACGGGUGACCCAUUUCCCCUUCUCACACGUACUGUACAGUAUUAACUGGUGAUUAAAAUGAUCAGUGCCGUAUGAACAGUGAAGAAUCUGAGACAACAAAUAAAAAGAAGAGGUAUGUUGCUUCACAAGCACACUAAUUUGAAAUUACGAACUAUUCAAAUUUCAUGUACAUUUUUAUUUUAUUUGGCUAUUUUAGCACGGUUCAAUUCCAAAUAAUGUAACAUGCUGUUUACUACGGCAUGGUUUAAAUGCAGGAAAACCCAUUCAUUUUUAUUUUUUAAACUUUGAAACAGCUUUUUAUUGGCUUACCAACAGUGGCAAUAACUCUGGAGUACAGUGUGGAAUUGUUGUUGUUAAGUGGAGCGAUGUGGUCAACGUCCAAAUCGGCACGUCUGUCGUUACAUGUUUUUCUUCAUCAUCCAUAGCCAGCGUCUGCCUGUGUCCAGCACAUAUCACGGUCCCACCCAUUAUUUUUGAAGUAAUGACAGAUAUGAAAGGCAUGGGGUUCUAAACAUAAACCCGGUUUGUGCCAGUGUGAAGAUAAAGUGAAUCAUGUGCGUGUUCUUUAAAUUGUCACAUCACUCCGCCAGCACAUCUUUUGAGUAACAGGCCAAAGUGAAAGGACACAGACAGGAUUCGGGAGCAAAUUAUUGCUUUAUUUUAUCAUGAAAUUAUCAUAGAUCACAGACUGAUUUCCAUAUAAAUAAAACUUAGGGCUAACUAAAAAGCCAUACGAGCCUCCUCAACAACGAAAUAACAGGGACAACCAAUGAUUGUACUUUUUUGAGCACGAGGCAUAGCGGUAACAAAAACCAUCCAUGCUGUUAGUUGAGGUCAGGGGCAGGUUGUGUAGCUGGUUAAAUAUCUAUCAAAUCAUAUCAGGCAAGGCAAAAUUAAAAGUAUAUACCUUUAUGAACCUGUUUUGUACAAGAUACAGUUGCUCAUUCAAAAUCUCUGCCAUUUUGUAUUGAUAAGACAAAUCACGUUCAGCCCCAUAUCAGUAGCCAAUAUACAAGACUUCUUACUUUUUCAGCUGAAUUUUAGUUGAAUUUGAUUGUUGAAUCAAACUUUGCAUGAAGGUGGAAUCUCAGACUUCAUUUGACUUUUUACAAAUUAUGUUGUCGGAUAUACUUAUUUUAAAUUCAGUUUUUUUAUCCAACACCCUGGUAGAGUAGUAAACAUUCCAGAUAAAAUGAUUGUUCACUAGAGGUGGAUGCUAGAUUCUGUGCACAGUUUCUAAUAAAACACAUCAUUUCAAUUCUU